CGUUUUUCGUUUUUCGUUUUUCUCGUUGAAUCAGAUUCACUUUUUUCACAAAUUUUCUAAAAUUAAUAAUCUUUGAAUUUUAGACCGAAAAUUUUUAAGGCCAUUCAAUCAAGUGGAAAAAUGGCCACAAAUAAAAAUUUGUCGACAACCAACAAUUCGGAUAAUAAUGUUGUCAAUUCGACAAAUUCGAAAUCAAAUUAUAAAUAUGGUCAUCGUAAUUCAAUGAAUAAUCCUAAUACAAGAUUGAUUCGUUCAUUUGCAUUGUUUGAUAAUCGUGAUUUUCUUCCACGUCCAUUUCAGAUUGAAUUAUAUGAAACAUGUAAAAAUCGCGAUACAAUCGUUUUUCUUCGCCCUGGUCAAGGAAAAUAUUUCAUAUCAGUAAUGUUGGUAAAAUAUUUUAAUCCACAUUUAUUUCCUUCGGAUAAUGUGGUGGAUUUGAAAAAUCCUAAAAAAAUAUUUUUCUUGGCCAAAUCACCAAAUUCUAUUAAACUUUAUUCAUCUGUGUUCAAUGCUCAUUGUAAUCUUCGUAUUGGUGAAUAUAUUGAAACGGAUGAUGCAAAACAAUGGUCUCCAGAUAUUUGGCAUAAAAAACUUCAAUCAUAUGAUAUUCAUUUGAUGAUGGAUUGUCUUUUUGAAUAUCUAAUCGAACAGAAAUUAAUUCAUGCUAAUGAUUUAAAUUUGUUAAUAUUGAAUGAUGUACAUAAAAUUUUACUCUGUACAUCACCAGCCGAUGAUUGUUAUACGAAAAUUAUUCAUCGAUUACGUUUGCAAACAACUAAUGAAAAACAAUAUCGAAUUCUAGGUCUUUCGGCAUCGAUAUUAUUGGAAAAUGUUUCAUCGAAUGUUUUCGAAAAAAUGAUCGAACAAAUUGAAAAAAAUCUUUGUUGUUCAUGUGAAACAUAUGCCGAUCUACGUAUGAUUAGUAAAUAUUCAAUUCAAUGUCGUAUAAAACUUCGAAGUUAUUAUUCAUUAUUGGCAUCAGAAAAAUCUUUCAUUCAAAAUGAUAUAAAAUAUCGUAUGGCAUUGUUUAUGAUAAGAAAUUAUUCGGGACAAUUUUUUAAUUUUAUAACAAAUGUUUCAAUGGAUGGUGGUAUAACUACCGAACAACUUAUUAAUCAUGAAACUAUUGCCAAAAUGAUUGUCGAUAUUCUUAAUGUAUAUGGAAUACUUGGUGAAUGGUGUGCAUUAAAAUUAAUCGAUCUAAUUAAUCGUGAAUUAUAUGAUACAAUUUUACUUAUGUCCAAAACGGCAUCAAAUUAUCUUCGACUUUUAAAUUCAUGUCAUUCAACAUUAUGUUUGAUUCGUAAAUCAAUAUUAUCAUAUAUGGAUCAAGAUAUUGUUGCAAAAUAUGAAAAUACUACAUCAUCAUCAUCAUCAUCAAAUGGAUCUGAAUCGCAACGAUUAACAAUCGAACAAUUUCUUUUGAUUUCUUCACCAAAACUUCAUCUAUUAGCACAAGUAUUAAUCGAAUAUCUUGAAGAAUUAUCUAGUCCAUCAUCGACAAAUCAACAACAACAACAAACAACACAUUCUUCAUUUACAUUUCCAUCAAAUAUUUGUUCAUUAAUUUAUGUGGAAAAUCGUUUAAUGGCACGUGUUUUGAAUGAAUGGAUACGUGAAUUGAUAGCAAUUGUUCGUGAAAUAAAUUCCGGAAAAGCAUGUAUACUUGAUUUUCUUCAAUCAGAUUAUGUAUUUUUAGCCGAAGAUGAUGGAAAAAAUGAAUUGAAAAAUUUUUAUUAUCGUAAACAUCAAAAAUCAUUACAUGAAAUUUACUAUUAUAGACAACAAGAAGAAACAUUACGAAGAUUUCGUUUACCACAACAAUGUAAUGUUUUAAUAACAACAUCAAUGUCAUCGGAAGGACUUGAUGUAAAUCGUUGUAAUAUGGUUAUUUGUUUUGAUAUACCGAAAACAUUUCAUCAAUUUAUUCAAUCAAAAGGACGUGUACGUGUUGAACGUGGACAAUUUAUAGUGUUGGUUGAACAAAAUGAUCAUAAAGAUUAUGUGGAAAAAUUUUUACAAUUUUGUAAUAUUGAAAAAAUUUUUACAAAAUUAGUACCAUUAAACAAUCAAGUUUAUAUUGAAAAUGAACCAAAAAACAUUGAUUUGAUAACAUCAAUUCAAUCGAUUAAACCAAUACAUUCAUCAUCAUUAAAAUCAUCUUCAAUUGUACAGAAAUCGAAAAAAUUUGAUAAACAACAACAACAACAACAAUCAAAUCAAUCGGCAACUUUACAGCUAACAUUAGAAAAUGCUAUAUCAAUUUUGAAUCGUUAUUGUAAUAAAUUACCAAGUGAUACAUUUACAAAAUUGGUUCCAAAUUAUAAAAUUGAAUCGGUUAAAGAAGAAGAAGAAAAUCAAUCGGAAGAAAAUAGUGAAAUUAUUACAAAAUAUCGUUGUCGACUAUUUUUACCUAUAAAUUCAACUUAUCGUGAUGAAAUUGUUGGCAACGUUCAACCAACACAAUCAUUAGCUAAACAAUCGGUUGCAUUUGAAGCGAUUAAAACAUUAAGAGAAAUUGGUGAAUUGGAUCAGAAUUUUUAUCCAGUUGGAAAAGAAACAAGUCGUUAUAUAGAAAAAUUAGGUCUUCAAGAUUGUUUUAUUAAUAUACCGAAGAAUAAUAAUAAUAAUCAACAGGUAUUGCAUCAACAUCAACAACAACAACCACAGCACCAACAUCAUCAUCAUCAUCGUGGUCCAUAUCAUCAGAAAGGAAAUCGUUUUAAUCGUAUACAGAAUCGUAAUAUAGCAUCAAAACGACGUCAAUAUUUUAAGAAAAAAGUUGCCGAUUCACUUUGUGGACAGAUUUUUAGUAAUGUUGAUAAUGAUGAUGAUAAUUAUUGUUUUCAAUAUUUAUAUGAAUUUCAAAUGAAAUUAACAUAUCGUUUAUCGGAAGAACAUAAUACUAGAGGACGGCGUAUUAUUGAUCCGGCGGAAACAACACGAACAUUUGGUAUAAUUUCACCAAAUCAUUUGCCAACAAUAUGUGAUUUUACUAUCUAUAAUCGAUCGGGUGAAGUAACUGUUUCGAUAGUUCCUAUUCGAAAUACAGAUUUAGAAAAAAAUGGUUUUGAAAUCAAUGAAAUAAAACGACAACAAAUUGAAAAUUUUCAUCAAUAUACAUUUGAAAAUGUUUUACCACUUGGAAAAUCAUCAAUUCGUUUUGAUCGUAUGAAUGGUUCGAAUGGAAAUUAUCUUAUUGUACCGAUCAAUACUAUUGAUAAUGGUGAUCAAAAAACAAUUGAUUGGGAAUUUUUAGAAUUGAUUUGGCAUCAUAAAAAUGAUCCAAAAUCCUAUGAUCAGGAAAAAUUUCAUCAUGAUGAUCAGAAUAGAUUUAUUUUUGAAGAAAAACUUUAUCAAGAUGCCGUUGUCAUUCCUAAAUAUCGUAAAGAUAAAUUACAAUCAUUUUAUUAUGUAGCUGAAAUUUGUCAUGAUCUUACACCACAAAGUCCAUUUCCUGAUCAUGAAUAUCAAACAUUUGAAAAAUAUUAUAAUCAAAAAUAUGAAAAACAAAUUACCAAUCUUGAACAACCAUUAUUAGAUGUUGAUCAUACAUCAGCACGUUUGAAUUUAUUAACACCACGUUUUUUAAAUCGUAGAGGUAUUAAUCUAUCAUCAUCAUCAUCAUUAAAAUCUAGUGGUAGUGGCCAUCAUCAAUCGAAAAGAAAUCCACAACAAAAACAAAUUCUUGUACCGGAAUUAUGUUUCAUACAUCCAUUUCCAGCAUCAUUUUGGCGUAAAGCAGUUUGUUUACCUUGUAUUUUGUAUCGUUUAAAUUUAUUAUUAAUUGCUGAAGAAUUACGUUUUAAAAUAGCAAAAGAAGCUAAAAUUGGUGUUAUUCAAUUACCGGAUGGUGAAAAAUGGCCAAAAUUAGAUUUUGGUUGGUCAGUGUUAGUUGAACAAUCACGUCAACAGACAAAAUCGAUUGAAUGUGCCAGUAAUAAUAAUCAACAUUCGAAUCUUGAUGAUUCAAAUGAAAAACAAAAAACAACCAUAAAUCAAGAUGAUGAUUUUAUUAUCGAUACUUUUGAUCCAUCAAUGGCUCCACCAGCUUCGGAUCAAUUUUUUAAUGAAAAUCAAAAUAAUUUUAUAAAUUUUGAUUCAUACAAUAAUGAAAUGAUUCCACAAAUUGAAAUCAUUAGUGGUCCAUUCAAUGAAUCCAAGAUGAAUUAUAAUAAUAGCCAAAAACAAAUGUUAUCAGAAAUUUCAAUGGAUGAUGAUUUUGACGAAGAAGAAAGUGGAAUAAUUGAAGUUGAUAAUGAAAAUAAUCCAAUCAUUCAACCAGGGCAAAAAUUACCGGUUCGUGCUGGUUCACCAACAUAUUGGAAAGAUCGAGAAAAUUUAGAAUCAGAUCGAAAUGGAAAAAUACCAGCUGAUUUUGAUUGGAGAUUUUAUGAAUCGGAUGGUAAUGAUAAUGAAUCGAAUAAUGAAGAAAUUGAUCCAGCACGAGCUGAAUUUCGAUUAAAUUUUAAAAAAUUUUUAGAAGAUAUUCAACAAAUUUCAAAAAUGCCCAGUUUAGUUGAUGAUGAUGAUGAAAUUCAAGAUAAUGAACAUGAAUUUGAAGAAUUUGAUAAUAAAUUUUCGGGAAAUAAUAGGAAAAAAAGUUCCCGAAACAAUAAUAAUCAAAAACGAAAACCUAUGGUAACAUCGCUUUCAGAUUUAGACGACGACGAUGAUGAUGAUGAUGGUUCAUAUUCAGAUUUUGAUGAUCUUGAUGAUUCUAGUGAUGAUUAUGAUCAAGAUGAUGAUGAUGAUGAUCUUGAUGAUGAUGGUAAUUUCAAUUCACAUGAUGAAGAUGAUGAUGACGAUGAUUAUGAUUAUAGUGGCGAUGAUGAUAAUGGUAACAAUGAUGAUGAUGAUGAUGAUUUGGAUAAUUUUCCAAAAAAAUAUUCAAAAUAUAAAAAUCGUAAAGCAAAAACAGAUUUUGAUCAAAAAAUUCGUAAACUAUCACAAACAAUGGAUGCAUAUCAAACAAAAUCCGUUAUUUAUGAUAUAUUAAAAAUUGAAUUAUUAUAUGAUUCAAGACAGAUUGAACAGAAAAGUUUAAAAUAUUAUUAUCGUCAUCGAUUUUCAUUAGCCGAACAACAUUCAGAACAUUUACGAAAAAGAAAAAUUUUUGAUGAAAUGUAUUUUGAUGAAAAAAAUCAAGUAAUGCAAUGUGUACAACGAAUUCAAAAUGAAACAUUAAUGAAUGAAAAUUCAAAAUCGAAAAAUGAAAAUGAUCAUGUUUGCUGUGAUCCGGAAAUUGAUACAUUUCGUAAUGAUAAAAAUUUUAAUGAAAUUAAUCUUAAUCAAUCAUUAUUAUCGGUUUUAAUGGAAAAAAUUGAUACAAAUCUGUUGGAUAUGAUGAAAAUUAAACAUGAAAUUGAAGAUGAAAAAAUUGAUCAACAAGUGCAAAAUCGAAGUCAAUUUGCAAAUAUUCUUGGCAAAAAUUCAUCAUUAUCAUCAACAAAAAUUGAAGUUAAAUUUGGUGAAUUAUUGCCGAAUAGAGAUGAAAAUCUGGCUGAAUUUACAUCGAAUGAUAAAAAUCCUAUCGAUUUGUUUCAAGCACAACGAAAAUUAGCAUUGCAAACUUUACCACGAUGGCUUCAAUUGGAAAAUUCUUUCGAAACACAAAUACAAAUGGGACCACAUCCAAGUCUGAUAUUACAAGCAAUUACAAUGUCCAAUUCAAGUGAUGGUAUUAAUCUUGAACGUUUAGAAACUGUUGGCGAUUCAUUUUUAAAAUAUUCCAUAACAGCAUUCUUAUUCUGUAUGUUGGAUAAUUGGUGUCCACCUUCUUAUCAGGCUUUAGAUAAUGUUGAGCAAGAAUCAAACGAUAAUGUUAAAACAACAACAUCGAAUAAAGUGCCAUAUAAUUUAUUGACACAACAUUCUAUUCCGAAUAAAUCUAUUGCCGAUUGUGUUGAAGCAUUGAUUGGAACAUAUUUAAUUUCUUCUGGAUCUCAAGGUGCUAUUCAAUUUAUGGAUUGGCUUGGACUUAAAGUAUUACCGAAAGGAAUGAAAAUUAUAACAAAAAAUUUGACCAGCGAACCAGUUGAACAUAAAGAUGAUUCGAAUCAAAAUCAUGAACGAUGGCUUCCACAACCUCGAUCACCAUUGAUUAUUCCUAAACAUUUACGAAACGAUAUUGCUAAAGUAAAAGAAAUUGAAGAUAAACUUCAAAGAAAUUAUUAUAAACAUCAUUUGGAUCGUUUUGAAGAAAUUAUCGGUUAUCGAUUUCGUGAUCGUGCCUAUUUAGUACAAGCAUUUACACACAAUUCUUAUUAUGAAAACAAAGUAACUGAUUGUUAUCAACGAUUAGAAUUUCUUGGUGAUGCUGUUCUUGAUUAUCUUAUAACAAGAUAUCUUUAUGAAGAUCCUCGAUGUCAUUCACCUGGUACAUUGACUGAUCUUCGAUCAGCAUUAGUUAAUAAUACUUUUUUCGCUGCAUUAGCUGUUAAGUAUAAUUUUCAUAAAUAUCUUAUGAUGCUUUCAUCCGAACUUUAUCGAGUUAUCGAUGGUUUUGUACGUAAAUUUAACAUUUAUUAUAAUCAAAAUCUUGCCAAUGGUGAAUCGAAAAAGAUUCUUAGCGCUAUAAGCGAUUUUCAACAAGGCAAUGAAGAUGAUGAACGAAUGGAUGAAAAUUCCUAUUCAAAUUAUAACUAUUGGGAAUUGUUUGUUAGCGAAAAUGAAGCUGAACAUCUUGAAGAUAUUGAAGUUCCUAAAGCUUUAGGUGAUAUUUUUGAAUCGGUUGCUGGUGCAAUUUAUUUGGAUUCUGAUAUGAGUUUGGAAGCAGUUUGGAAAGCAUAUUAUCCAAUGAUGAAACCUGAAAUUGAAAAUUUUAGCGAAAAAGUUCCAAAAAGUCCGAUAAGAGUUUUGUUGGAAAAACAACCACAAAGUGUUAAAUUUGGAAAACCUGAAAUCAAUUCUGGUCGUCGUAUUCGUGUUACUGUUGAAGUAUUUGGUUUAGGAAAAUUUGUUGGUAUUGGUCGUAAUAAACGAAUUGCCAAAUGUACAGCAGCAAAACGUGCAUUACGUGCACUUGAAAGUGAAAAACGACGUAAAGAAUUGGAACGAAAACGUCGACAAAUGGAUGAAUUUGAUGAUUAAAAACAAAAAACAAAAAUUUUGAUAUUAUGUUUGUGAUAAAAAACACACAUUGCCUUCCUUGAAUAAUUCAUUUUUUUCAUUCAAUCACAAAAAUAAAUUUCAAUUUAACGAUGGUAAUUCCAUCUGUCAUCAAUGGUCAUU